GGUAAGACAAACAAAACAAAUAAAAAAGAACAAAAAAGAUGGGGAAAGAGUGUCAUACCUUGUUAAAGGGUGAAAAGAGUGAAGGUAAGAAGUACAGCCAUGGUUUCUCUUCUAGUGAGAUGACAGCUUUUGCCAGUGUAUGUGAAGCCAUCUUGCCCCCUCUACCAUUGAAUUCUUUGGAGGUCCCUCAAGGGGAGGAGGAAGAAGAAUGCUCAAGAAAUGCAUUUCGGUACUUCCACGAAAUGUCUGGCUCACAAAAUCAAGUCCCUGAUGAGACAGCAGAAAGGUUAAAGAAAUGGGCAUUCCUUGAGGCGCUGAUCAUUGUGCGAGUGGUAUUGGUGCUUCUUUCCACAAGGCUUGGGUCACUACUACUUUGUGGAAAUCUUAGUUUCAAAAGAAAAUGGCCUUUUAUUAGCAGGUUUUCGGAGUUGUCUAUUGAGAAUAGAGAGAAAGUCAUCCAGAGAUGGAUGAAACAUUGGUUCUUGACACCCAUCAGGCUUGCAUUUGUGUUGAUGAAAGCAGCUUUCAUGUAUGUCUUCUUCUCCCAGGUAGAUGAAAAUUCAGAAAAUGCGGCGUGGGAAGCCAUGAAGUAUCAUGCAGACACAUUCGUGGAGAACUUGCCCAAUGACGAAAGAGAUAGACCACUACAAAGAGGUGUAAUAGAAACUUUUGAGACAAACGAAGAGAAAUUAAUCCAAUCUCUAGUACUAAAAGGCCUUCAAGUAAAAAAGGAUCCUAGAAAGGAACUCUAUAAGAUCGAGUGUGAUGUUGCAAUUGUAGGAUCAGGUUGUGGUGGAGGCGUUGCAGCCGGAGUUCUUGCAAGUUCUGGGCUGAAAGUUGUAGUUCUUGAGAAAGGAAACUACUUUCACAAGAAUGAUUAUUCUUCACUAGAAGGACCAUCAAUAGAUCAAUUAUAUGAACGUGGAGGUAUUUUCUCCACUAUCGAUGGGAAGGUGAUGAUCCUAGCAGCAUCAACUGUUGGUGGAGGCUCAGCUAUAAAUUGGUCUGCCUGCAUCAAGACACCGAAGUCAAUACUUCAAGAAUGGGCAGAGAAGAAAAAGAUUCCUCUCUUUGGGAGUCCUCAGUAUCUAUCUGCAAUGGAUAAAGUAUUCGAGAGAAUCGGUGUCACGGAUAAAUGCUCCCAAGAAGGUUUUCAAAAUCAAGUCCUCCGAAGAGGGUGUGAAAAUCUUGGACUCGAGGUUGAGGAUGUGCCACAAAACUCAUCGGAGCACCAUUACUGCGGUUCAUGUGGUUAUGGCUGCAGAAAAGGAGACAAAAAGGGAACAGAUACAACUUGGCUGGUUGAUGCAGUUGAUAAUGGUGCAGUGAUCAUAACAGGAUGUGAAGCCGAGCGAUUCUUAUUUGAAAACAAUCAACAAGGAAGAACUAAAAGGAAGAAAUGCAUUGGAGUGAUAGCCAGAUUCAUUACGCACAAAAACAUCACAAAAAAGUUACAAAUCCAUGCAAAGGUAACAAUCUCCUCCUGCGGUUCUCUCUUGACGCCACCUCUGUUGAUCUCUAGCGGAUUAAGGAACAAGCACAUAGGGAGGAAUCUUCAUCUCCAUCCAGUACUGAUGGCAUGGGGAUAUUUUCCAGAGUGUAGUUCAGAGAUUAAAGGAAGAGUUUAUGAAGGUGGGAUACUCACAUCAAUUCAUAAGGUUAUGUCUGAGGACAACAAAGAGAGAGCACUUUUAGAAACUACUGCAUUGGGGCCAGGGCAAUUCGCAGCACUUUGUUCUUGGGAGUCCGGAACUGACAUAAAGAACAGAUUACUCAAGUACUCAAGAACAGCUCAUUUGAUUCCAAUAAUCAGGGAUAAAGGCUCUGGAGAGAUAAGAACAAAGGGAAGAGUGAGCUACAAUCUCCACCAGCUUGAUAAAGAAAACAUAAAAGCUGGUUUAAGGCAAGCAUUGAGGAUUUUUGUAGCAGCAGGCGCCACCGAGGUAGGGACACAUAGAAGUGACGGACAGAGAUUCAAAUGCGAGGGAAAAAGUGAGAAGGAAAUUGAGGAGUUCAUUGAAACGGUUAUUGCAAGUCCAGGAGCCAAAUCCAUGGUUAAGCAGUGGGCAGUUUAUGCUUCAGCUCACCAAAUGGGAAGUUGCAGAAUGGGAAUCACAGAAAAGGAAGGUGCAGUUGAUGAGAAUGGAGAGACAUGGGAGGCAGAAGGUUUGUUUGUGUGUGAUGGGAGUGUCCUGCCCAGUGCUUUAGGUGUGAAUCCUAUGAUCACCAUUGAGGCAACUUCAUACUGCCUCUCCAACAGGAUAUCCGAGGUCUUGAAGAAGGGAAAGGGUGGUUUAGAUUUUAUUUAGCCUCCUUAUUAAAUAGUUAGGUACAUGAAAAAAAAAGUUCAUUGUUCAAGUAUAUUCAUGUAUAAUGUUAGAAAUUUGUAAGCCUUGCCUGGCUAUAUCAUCAUUAUUCUUGAGAGAGCUUUCAUGACGAUGACAAACAGGAAAUGAGACAACGAUCACCCUCCCUCUCGAACUCCUAUUCUGAGAUUUUCGAAAGGAUUUGAAAUGCAUUCAUCCUGGUUUUUACUA